CUCAACGCUUUCUGAGUUGAGAAGCUGCCUGGCUUCUGAGUGAUGCGAAUCCAAGCACUGAAAUGCCAGACCGCAAGCAUGUUGAUUUUAACUCUUUCUCUGCAAUUAAUACAAGGCCUACCAGAGAACCUGGCUGAGGGGAAAUAUCUGAGCAUCAAGAAGAAUAGCACCAACCCGCUGGCCAAUGGAGAGAGCUUUAAGGGCCGUUGGGUUGGUUGCAGUGAAGAAAGAUUUUCCAACUCGCCUUCGGACUCAGUUCAUGCUUUAAGACCUUCACAGAUCAAGGUCGUUGCACGUUUGGGAGAUGCGCUAACUGUAGACCCCCCACAGCAUAGUGGACAUUUAACAAGCAAUGACAAAGAUCCAGGUUCUUGGAUGCCAGUCUCCUUGCCAGAUAUUUUAAAAUCAUUUAAUCCUGCCGUGAUUGGAUACUCCUUAGGAAACGGAAACCAUGUCAACACCUCAUUAGAUCUGUCUGUUGUGAGAGCAAAAGCUGGGGAAUUACCAGGGCUGGCUCAAAAACUGGUGACCAGUUUGAAAAAUAACAUGCUCAUUGACUUUCAGAAGGAUUGGAAGCUGAUCACAGUUUACCUUGGCAUUGCUGAUAUGUGUGCCUAUUGCACAAACCAGGAAUAUUACUCACCAGAAAAGGUUGUGCUUAGAAUUAAAGAAGCUCUGGAUAUAUUGCAUCGAGAGAUCCCGCGAGCCUAUGUGAAUCUUGUGGAGAUGCCAGAUAUUAACCUUCUGCACCGGCUUUCUGACAGGGCUACUGGGCUGAGGGGCUGGUGUGAGUGUUUGGUCAAACCCCAUGAACCUAUUGAUAUAUCUGCCCAGUUCAUUAACUGGGAUUACCAGAACACCCUCCAGGAACUGGUCUAUUCUGGGAUCUAUGACAAACACAAUAACUUCACAGUGGUUUUGCAGCCCUUUAUCAAAAACAUGGAGAUACCUCUUACUGCAGAUGGUCAACCCAAUCUAAGCUGCUUCGCACAGAAUGGCUUCCAUUUCAAUGCCAAAGGUCAUGCCCUCUUAGACAGCAGUCUUUGGAAUAACAUGAUCAAACCUAGUGUUGGUGGAAUUGAAGUCCUUGAAUGCACAGCCACACUUCCUCGGCUAUACUGUCCAUCCCAGGAGAGACCUUGCCUCUUCACUUACCAAAACAGGGACUACGGAAACAGCCAGAAUGUGGAGGACAGGGGUCCACGUCAGCAGAGUACUGGCAGCAAACUGACUUGUACAGAAAGGGACCCCUCUGAUGCUGUUCCAGUCUCAGUCCACAAGCUUAGACCAGCCGACAUAAAGGUGAUUGCUGCCCUCGGAGACUCCAUCACGUCUGGAAAUGGAGCAGGAUCAAAGCCCAGUGAUCUUCUUGAUGUUCUCACCCAGUACAGAGGACUUUCCUGGAGCAUUGGAGGAGAUGAAAAUAUAACUACUGUCACCACAUUGACAAAUAUUCUCCGUGAGUUCAACCCUUCAUUGGUCGGAUACUCCACUGGUAUUGGCCGUGAAGACACUCCCCAGGCUUUCUUGAAUCAGGCUGUCUCAGGAGCUGAGUCUAUGGAACUGAUGAGCCAAGUCAGGAGCCUGGUGAAGCUGCUGAGAAAUAAUUCGGGAAUCAACUUUCAAGAAGAUUGGAAGAUUAUUACCUUGUUCAUCGGAGGGAAUGAUCUCUGCGAAUUUUGCAAGGACCCUAGCAAAUAUUCUCCAGAAAACUUUAUAAACAACAUCCGGAAUGCAUUGGAUAUGCUUCAUAAUGAGGUCCCGAGAGCUUUCGUGAAUCUGGUGACGGUUCUCAACAUUUUACCAUUGCGUGAGCUUUUCACUGACUCAAGUGUGAAAUGCCCACGGUUCCUCUUAACGUUGCUCUGUAAUUGUGUCAUUACACCACAAGACAAUUCAAUACAGUUGGAAAAACUCCAAAUCCUGAAUCGUGAAUACCAGGAAAGAACGCAUAAAUUGGUUGAGUCUGGAAGGUAUGAUACCAGGGAAGACUUUACUGUGGUCAUCCAACCAUUUCUACAGAAUAUUGAAAUACCACGAGACAAGAAUGGCUUGCCUGACAAAACCUAUUUUUCGCCAGAUUGCUUUCACUUCAGUUUGAAGGGUCAUUCACAGGCAGCUCGGGGUCUAUGGAACAACUUGUUGGAGCCCCUUGGCAAAAAGAAUGUCAAUCAAACGUUUGAUGCUCACAUUGACAUCAGCUGUCCUUCAAAGGAGCAGCCUUAUUUGAGGACAUACAGGAACAGCAAUUUUACUUAUCCACAUAACCCUGGGCAGCUGACAACAGUAACCCCUGAAACCGUUAAAACCACACCUGCUCCAUCGGACGAGGUCUUUGGAAGCCAGUUAUUUUGUAAGGACAGGGCUCCAUCAGACGUCAUGCCAAAUUCAGUUCACUCUCUACGACCGGCUGAUGUGAAGGUGAUCGGAGCAGUGGGUGAUUCUCUGACGGCCGGCAAUGGAAUAGGCUCCAAACCCAAUGAUGUUCUGGAUGUCUUAACCCAGUACCGAGGCUUAUCCUUCAGCAUUGGAGGAGAUGAGUCAUUAAGGAGUUCCACAACUCUGCCAAAUAUUCUUCGUGAAUUUAACCCUUCAUUGACUGGAUUUUCAACUGGAAAGGGAAAUCUUGAAAACCCCAAAGCAUUCCUGAAUCAAGCUUUUCCCGGAGCGUUAGCUGCGGAUCUUCCAGGUCAAGUGAGAAGAUUAGUGGACAUCAUGAAAAAUCAUCCGAAAAUCGAUUUUCAGAAUGACUGGAAGAUUAUCAACAUGUUUAUUGGUGGAAAUGACAUCUGCAAUUACUGCACUGAUUCGGCUUAUUACUCUGCUGUAAACUUUGCAAGGAGAAUUGAAGAAGCUUUGGACAUCCUUCACAAAGAGGUUCCAAGAACUUUCGUCAACCUAAUUGAGGUAUUAGAACUCAUUCCUCUGAGACGCCUCUACCAAGAUACUCAGCUGAGUUGUCCCAGAACACUUGUAAGAAUGCUGUGUUACUGUGUGGUGAAACCCAACGAAAACUCUCCAGAGCUACAGAUGAUGAGCGAAGCCAACAAAGCCUAUCAGCAAAGCAUCCAAGAGCUUAUUGAAUCGGGAAAGUAUAGUACUGGAGAGAACUUCACAGUUGUGUUACAGCCUUUCCUUCGGCAUAUGGAAGUCCCAAUUUUAGAUAAUAAACAGCCUGAUGUGUCAUACUUUGCCCCUGACUGUUUCCAUUUAAGCAGGAAGUUCCACGUGCAGAUGUCAAGAUCUCUUUGGAAUAACAUGUUGCAGCCUGUGGGCAAAAAAUCUGAUUUUCAAAAUCUUACAGCAAAUACCUUGCUGAGCUGUCCAACCCAGGAUCAACCUUUUCUUAGAACAUUCAAAAACAGCAACUAUACUUACCAAGGUUCAGACCCGCCUAUCAAACCUCCUGAGAAUUGGGGCAGCGAUCUCUCCUGUUCAGAAAACUUAACGUCUGAAACUAUUCCAACUUCAGUCCACAGGCUUCGACCUGCUGACAUUAAUGUUGUUGCAGCAAUGGGAGACUCUGUAACUGUUGGGUUCGGAGCCAAGGCAAAGACAAUUCUUGGACUGUGGACUCAAUAUCAAGGUGUAUCAUGGAGCAUUGGUGGGGAUAAAUCUCUCAAGAUUGUGACUACUCUUCCUAAUAUAUUGAAAAAAUUUAAUCCAAGGAUCUACGGUUUUGCUACUGGGAUUGCAAAAUGGAAUAGUAAAUUCAAUGUUGCUGUCCCGGGUGCAAUGUCCCACGAUGUGCCAAAGCAGGCUCGUACCCUGGUACAGCUCAUGAAGAAUAGUUCAAAAAUCAAUUUCAAGCAGGACUGGAAAGUAAUCACCCUUUUCAUUGGAGCCAAUGAUCUCUGCGAGUACUGUAUGAAUAAGGAAGCGUAUUCUGCAGAUAAUUAUGUGAAACAUAUUGAGGAGGCACUGGAUAUACUGCACCAACAGGUGCCAAGAGCUUUUAUAAAUAUGGUGCAAAUUCUGGAAAUGAGUGGUCUUCGAAGACUAAAGAAGAAUACAAUUGGCUGUGCAUUGUUACAGAAAGACCUUUGUCCUUGCUUUUUAAAUCCAAGAGAAAAUUCUCCUGAGUUACAUGAGAUGAUGAGAGUUAACAGAGACUAUCAGACCAAAUUGACUGCAUUGAUUUAUAGCGGAAAAUAUGACACGAAUGAGGAGUUCACCGUUGUGUUGCAGCCCUAUUUUACAAACACAAUUGUUCCAUUAAACAGUACUGGCCAGCCAGACAUGAGCUUCUUUUCGGUCGAUUGUUUCCAUUUAAGUGAACGAGGACAAGCCGAGAUGGCCAUUGGCUUGUGGAACAAUAUGCUGGAACGAACUGGAUACAAGCAAGAUUACAACAAUUUUACCCAUGACCGAACCAAAUUGAAGUGUCCUAACUCUGAUGCACCUUAUCUGUUCACACAUAGAAACAGUGCAGUCACACCAGAAAACCCAUCGAUAAAACCUACAUCAAUAGCAGCGACUACUACAGCUAAAGGAGUCCUCACAGCAGAGCAAAGAGUUUGGCUUGUUGUUCUAACAGCAGUGGUUGCAGUGAUAUUAGGGCAGCACUGGCCCUGAUCAUUUUAAAUGUGAAAUCCUAGCAUUUGGAGUGUGUUAAAAACCGGAAAUAAGUACAAAUGGCAUAAUAUUACCGAGUUUUUUUUUUAAUGCUCAAUUGGCCUUUUAUGGGGAAAAUAUAAAAGCAGAAUGACAAUUCAUGAUUACAGAAGGCUGUUUCAUUUACCUAUUCACAAUAAAGGAUAUUCUGUUUCCUUGUGAUAUUUCUAAAACCCCUGCAUCCAAUUUGUAGAAAAUCACUCGCUAUAGUUUGAUUUUAUACCAUUUAUUAUGCAUUCCACCAUUCUAUCUAGUCAUUUAGAAACCCAGGAGCAUUGUGCUGAUAGCUUAAGUGAUCUGGCAACUAAAUUUCAACCAAUUCGAUUCACUACCUUUGAUGACAAGAAAUGUCUGAAGCCACUAGCUACUUGUUGGAAAUUAGGGUCCUCUUUAAAACUGAAAUUCUUUCAGUGUUUUGUAUUUAAUAUUUACUGUGCAGCCUGAAUUUUACAGCAAUAACUAGCCUUCUGCAAAUAUAAACAGAUCUCUCAUUUGCAGUAGAGCACAAGACAAACGGGAAACUGCAAACGAAAGUGCACCGAAAAGUCACACACACAGACCAGGUAUUGAACUUGAAUAGUAACCAUCCCUGCACACACAAACGAAGCUGCGUGCAAACACUAUUUAAAAUGGCAACAACACACUGUAGCAACAUGUAACUAUGUCAAGAGGAAGAAGAAUACCUCUUCCAAGUGUUCAAGGAUAAUGGAUAUCUAAAGAAUUGGGUCAGGAGAUGCCUACAGGAACAGCACAAAAAGAUUCUACAUGGCCCGACACACUCAUCAUAUUACCCUACAUCAGGAUCACGUCAGAACUCACCACAAGACUUCUAUGAACACUGGGCAUCAGAGUGGCACACACGCCCACAUCAACCCUACAAAAAGUGCUCACCCAAACCAAAGACGCCAUGGACAGGGUCAAUGUCAUCUACAAAUCCCCUGCAGAGACUGCAAGAAUCACUACAUCAGACAAACAGGAAGGAAACUAACAACAAGAGUACAUGAACACCGACUGGCUACAAAAAGACACGACCAAUACUCACUCACCUCAAUCCACAUGGACAAGGAGAACCGUGACUUUGACUGGGACAACACCAAGAUCCUGGGACAGGUUAGGCAGAGACAAACCCGAGAAUUCCUGGAAGCACGGCACUCCACGAAGCAGGCUAUUAAUAAACACAUUGAACUCGACCCUAUAUUCAUUCCACAAUGGAGGAAACUUGGAAGUGAGUCAGUCCAUCGCAACGGACCCCAGAAUUUAAAAACCAGGCGGGAAUACACACUGCCGCUUCAUCAGAGCCUGCACUGAGGACGUUACUAAGCACGGUAAUGAAACGUCUGCAGAACAACAAACCAGCUCGACGAGCCAACCAACGUUAACUGAAGUACUAUAUCUAAACUUGCUUUUCCAUAAACAAUGAGAAUAUGGCAAAAAAAUCAACAACUGCCCAUGUUAUGUUACUGUGAUCACAAGCACCUCAAAAUCAAAAUAACACAAAGACUAUAGGCCUUGACGACAAUACAGCAAUGGUGCUGAAGACCUGUGCUCCAGAACUGCUACUCCCCUAGCUAAGCUAUUCCAGUACAGUUAUAAUACUGGUAUCUAUCCAACAGUGUGGAAUAUUGCCCAGGUAUAUUCUAUACACUAAAAACUGGAUAAAUCUAACGCAAACAAAUACUACCCCAUCAAUCUCCUCUCAAUCAUGACUAAAGUGAUGGAAGAGGCAAUGAUCUGUGCCUUUAAAGAGCUAUUGCAGAGAUUGCUGACUGCUGUAUAGUUUGGGUUCUGCGUGGGACA